AAAAUCUAGCAGCUGGUCAGGAGCUACAGUUUAAAGCUCGAGGAAACUCGCCCAAAAAACAUAAAAUCGUCGACAUGCCAGACGGAUCGGCAGGGCCAAGUCGCAAGCCCACUUUUGAUACCCUAGCGCGCGAAGAUGCAUUUCGAAACCCAGACCAAAAAACAUCUACCUACCCAAUCCUCAACGAGUUCGUCACUCCGCUUCUCGAAUCAUUCAAUGCCCUCUUCGACGACUCAGGCCUCCCAAAGGGCGACGGGGACGGACGUGGCCUGUUAUCUCUCGCCGUCAAAGACAUCGGAGAAAGGGUUGUUUUCGAUGGGACUGGUCAGAUAGGCACUGAAAGUGGCCAGACAGGAUGGGGAAACCGCUUGAGCAUUUGGAUUGAGGAUGUAUCAUUAUCAGCACCUCGUGUAACCGACAAGGAUACAUGGAGCACUGAACGUCGAGUUUAUCCCUCAGAGGCUCGUGAACGCUUAGUAUCUUAUCGAGGUCGUAUGCAAGCCAAAAUUUGUUGGAGAAUAAAUGGCGAGGAGCCAACCCAGAGCAUAAUGCGAGAUUGUGGUCUAGUGCCAAUCAUGGUCCGGUCUGUGCGGUGUAACCUUCGAUCAUUACCGUCUUCAGAGCUUGUCCGCCGACACGAAGAGCCCGAAGAAUUCGGCGGCUACUUUAUCAUCAACGGCAACGAACGUCUUAUUCGCUACCUCAUCCUCCCAAGACGAAAUCAUGUCAUCUCCCUUAUCCGCCCGUCUUUCACGAACAGAGGGCCAUCAUAUACUCAGCAUGCAGUUCAAAUCCGCUGUGUCCGACCAGACCAGACGAGCGCUACAAAUACGCUCCACUACCUUGCCAACGGGAGCGCAAUGUUACGCUUCAGCUGGCGAAAGCAAGAAUAUGUGAUUCCAGUCAUGCUUAUCCUCAAGGCUCUCAUUGGCGCCUCUGACAAAGAGAUCUUUGAGCAUCUCAUGAUGCAAGACUUUGAUAACACUUUUCUGUCCGACCGCGUCGAGCUGCUUCUGCGCAGCUUUAAGCGAUUCGCCCUGUACACCGGCGAGCAAUGUCUUGAAUAUCUGGGCGACAAAUUCCGCGUCGUCUUAGGUUUGCCAGAAGACUGGACUAACAAGGCACUCGGUGUUUGGUUGCUUCAGAAGAUGGUUCUCGUCCACGCAGAUUCGGCAAGGGACAAGUUCCGUAUGUUAAUCUUCAUGCUUCGCAAGCUUUAUGCUCUGGUCUCCGGUGCUUGCUGCGGGGAUAAUCCUGAUUCGCCUCAGCACCAAGAGGUGCUCCUUCCAGGAUACCUAUAUGGCAUGAUCAUCAAAGAAAGACUGGAAGAGGGCUUAAAUGCAGUACGCAAUCAAAUAAACAUUGACGUCCGAAGAUCAGAACCGCCGGUGGAUUUUAUUGACAAACGCUACAUAACGAAGGUCAUCAAUAAAGUGAACUGGGACAUUGGUGCCAAGAUGGCAAAUUUCCUAGCCACAGGCAACCUCAUCUCUCCCUCGGGACUUGACUUGCAGCAAGCAUCCGGUUUCACUAUCGUUGCCGAAAAGCUGAAUUGGCUUCGUUACAUCUCUCAUUUUCGUUCCAUUCACCGUGGUGCCUUCUUUGCUGAACUCAAAACGACAACCGUCAGAAAAUUGCUUCCCGAAGCAUGGGGUUUUCUGUGCCCUGUCCACACUCCCGAUGGUUCGCCAUGUGGUCUCCUCAAUCAUCUUUCGCGAACAUGUCGCAUCGUCACCUCCCCUUUGGCAGUCGCACACAUUCCAGCCCUGCUAGUCGCCCAUGGUAUGACACAAGCAUUUUCUGCGUCUAUCGACGGCAGAAAGAACCUCUGCGUACAGCUUGACGGCCGGGUGAUUGGUUGGGCUCGGCCAUCGGUUGCCCGUCAACUCGCGGGCAACCUGCGGUUCUGGAAGACCGAGGGCCAGCACCAGGUCCCCAUGGACCUUGAGAUUGGCUUCGUGCCAGAGUCGAGGGGUGGACAAUACCCUGGUUUAUUCCUGUUUUCAACACGGGCAAGGAUGAUGCGGCCGGUGAAGUAUUUACUGAACGGAAAGGCCGACCAGAUAGGUUCGUUCGAGCAGGUGUACAUGGAUAUUGCUAUUCAGCCCAGCGAGAUUGAGCCGGAUGUAUCUACACAUGUCGAACAUGCACCCACGAAUUUCCUUUCGAUCUUGGCAAAUUUAACCCCCUUCUCGGAUUUCAACCAAAGUCCCCGAAAUAUCUAUCAGUGCCAGAUGGGUAAACAAACCAUGGGCACUCCAUCAACAGUGAUGCAGCACCGUACCGACAACAAGCUCUACCGCUUGCAAACAGGGCAAACACCCAUCGUGCGACCACGGUUGCACAACACCUACGCCAUGGAUGCCUACCCCAACGGCACGAACGCCAUCGUCGCCGUCAUCUCGUACACUGGCUACGAUAUGGAGGACGCCAUGAUUUUGAACAAGUCUGCCCAUGAGCGAGGUUUCGGAUACGGUACCGUCUACAAAUCCUCGAUAGUCGACCUGAAGGAUAUGCGCGGUGCCUCCAAGGCUACCUCGGCGCCUACUCUUCAUUUCGGCCUCGGGUACGAGAUCAACACUACACUGGGAGAUAAGCAGCACGCUUGCUGCAACUUUGUUGACCAGGAUGGUCUUCCAAUCAUUGGGGCCAAGCUCAAUGCUGGUGAUCCGCUUGCUGCGUAUGUCGAUGAUAAUACCGGGAGGACAAAGUUCGUCAAGUACAAGGGCGAUGAGCAGGCAAUUGUCGACACGGUGCGCGUCAUAGGCGCAGAUGCUGGAGACAGUGAACUCCAGAAAAUCCAAGUCACCUUGCGCAUAACACGUUCUCCUGUCAUUGGCGACAAGUUCUCGUCACGACACGGCCAGAAGGGUGUCUGCUCACAAAAGUGGCCCGCCGUAGACAUGCCCUUCACCGAGAGCGGCAUGCAGCCAGAUGUCAUCAUCAACCCGCAUGCGUUCCCAAGUCGAAUGACUAUCGGUAUGUUAGUAGAGAGUAUGGCUGGCAAGGCCGGAGCUAUGCAUGGCCUCGCUCAGGAUGCGACGCCUUUUCAGUUUUCUGAAGAGGACACUGCCAUCUCGUACUUCGGUGACCAGCUGCUUGCCGCAGGGUACAACUACUACGGCAACGAGCCCAUGUAUUCUGGUAUCACUGGCCAGGAAUUCGCCGCCGACAUUUACAUCGGUGUGGUAUACUACCAGCGCCUGCGACACAUGGUGCUCGACAAGUUCCAAGUCCGAACGACAGGUCCAGUCGACCAAGUUACUCGUCAACCCGUUAAGGGUCGCAAGCGCGCUGGUGGUAUCCGUUUCGGUGAGAUGGAGCGUGACGCCCUGAUCGCGCACGGAACAUCCUUCCUCCUCCAAGACCGCCUGAUGAACUGUUCCGACUACUCAACUGCCUGGGUCUGUCGGACGUGUGGUAGCCUGAUCUCCCUCGGAUACGACGAUGUCAGCCUGGGUGAAGCCUCGACAUCGGGCAAGCUCCGCGCGACAGGGCCGGGUGGAGAGUAUUGCAGAGUCUGCCGUGCCGCCGCCGAAGAAGAAGACGAGCGAGCACGCGAGGCGUUGGCGUCGGGGCGCCCAGCACAUAACCACGCUGAUCUCAGAGUCGCAAUACCACCCUCGCACGUUCUUGGUAGCACCUCAAAAGGCGGCGACCUCGAUGUCAUUGCCGUUCCCUAUGUCUUCAGAUACCUCUGCGCAGAGCUCGCCGCCAUGGGCAUUGCCGUCUCAGUGGAAGUAUCAUAGUUAUAGAUGUCAAAAGCUGAACGGCAUACUGUACUGGAACCACAUCAUUACAGGGAAUACAUAGCUAAUAAUGGUAUCAAGGAUAGAAGGACGCCCAAAGACAAAACGAAUGUGGGGACUAGCCUGCUCAACAAGCAUGUGUGGUGAGCGAACGAAGCAAGGUACACGAAAAAAUAAAUAUGUGCAAAGAAGCAGAACAUAUCUCCGAAUAUAGAUGAGAAGCAAUCAGAUGGGUUGGGUCGUAUCCGCCCGCGCAGGAUUCCUGCCGGGCAAUGGAGGGGGUGUCGCAUUGGGGCUAUCAAGCUGGCUUUCUCCGAGAAACGCUUCAACGACUACAUUCUCGGCGUUGAUGGUAGCAUCUUCUGAAUGCGCCACUGCUACGUCGGGGUCGACUGGAUCGAUAGGUAUCUUGCAUUUCGCCAUAAACAUAUCAACAAUGAGCCGGCACUCUUCAGCAUUCGUAGCGGAGGAGAGAAGGCGAUGCAUAUCGCGGGCGUGUUCGGUGACUGCGAUGAGCUGAGGAUCGGGCUUGGGAGCGACAUUCCGUUUGGACCCGUUUUCCAUAGCACGCUUCGAGGACGUACGCUGCGGUGCGUUGACAGGCCCAGAGGGAAUGGUAAGUGUUUGAGAUGGUGGGGCCUGCAAACUAUCGGUACGCUUGGCAGGUAUUGCAAUGGUAGCACCGGCAGGGGCUGGUGGCUUGGAUGAAAGAUCUGUGAUUGACGACACAUCCGGGACGCUGGAGUCUUUCGUCCCCACAACAGACUCAGGCAUAGGCUCGUUGCCGUCCCACAGAGGCACAGGUUUACGAGACAUGGAGGCCGCACGUGAACGACUGGCCUGUGACGUACUAUCCUUGUCCUUAUCCCCAGAGCUUUGUGAACCGGUGGAGGGCGAAGGGGCCCUGGGGUAACGAGGAAGAACAGGUUUGUUUGCCAAAGGACUAAGAAUCAUGUUGCUCCUGGUGGUACCAGCAGGGGAAGAGGGCAUGUCUGGGGUGACGAAACCCUUGCGAGGCGAGAUUCUCCCAUCUGAAUCCGAGCGAGCACGGGUGUCACUUGAGAGCGUGAUCUUGGAUAUCAUUCUUUGCAAGCGACCGCUGCGCUUCGGGGCAUCAAAAGAAACCAAAUUCUCGUUGCCGAACGGUGGCUGCGGGGGUUCCGGUGGACCUUCGGACAGGAAGUCGAUGAGAUCUCUUGCAUUAGAGGAUAUACCUCGAGAUUUCUCGCCCUUAGAGACUGCUGAUAGCGGUGGGGGCGGCAGAUCCUCUUUGUCAGAUCCUCCCAUUAUAUCAUCUAUAUCCAUAUCCUCUAAAUUGCCGACGACUUUACGUUUGCGCUGCGUUUUGGGGUUCUCUGGAUCCAUCUCCUUAGCUGCAGUCUGCUUCUGGGUAGGAACCGUGGCACUCGAGGAAGAAGGCUUCAUGAAUGGUGCAAUGCUUGAGAAAGACGGGGUCCUCGAAGUAUGUUUAGGAGUAGCAACACUGGAAGCAGAACGUUUGCGUGUAGGUGCGGAAGAUGCUAGAGGUGUUGAAGUCACACUAUGCUGUCUAGGACGUUGGGCGCUCGAGGGGUCCUCUUCAUCUUCAAUGAUGGAAUCAACGUGGCGGAGCUGGCGCGGAGGCAUAGAGUUUUGAGGUGGCAAAGAAGGAACUGGGGGGACGCCAGGAUGACGCCUUUCGUUGGACCUGCCGUUGGUCUUCAGUGCACGAGCC